AUGACGCUGCGAUCCGACUUUAACGGGUCAUUCCCGUCGGUCCCAGCCGCUAAUGGCCUUGGUAAUGGCAACGCAGACAUGUCCACCUCCAGAUUCCGCGGUCAAGGUGACAGCAGCCCCGAUCGCGACGACCUCUCCAAUGGCACCGGAGACAACGGACGCCCCUCCAGUGUACCCGAUAGGAAGAAUGGCGCCGCAUUUGUCGAGUCUAGAGAUGACAAUGAAGACCAGACGCGGAAACCUCGUGCGAAGCCGCCUUUACUACGGUCCAAAAGCGAACUUGCACCACGCCCUGUCGAAGAGUCCGAUACCGAAGAGGAGGUUGGUCAAUGGGGCGCUCGACAUGGCUUCGAGGAUCAUUAUCAGUCUGAGCACAUCAUCUCACAAUUAGCAAGUAACUGGUACAUGUAUUUUACCGAUAAACGCCAUGAGACCACGGGCAAGCCGAAGCGCCUAGAGUAUGAGUUGCAAGACUGGCGGCAACGAGACAGGCUUAAGACCGUCUCCGCUGCCCUUGCGGUGUGCUUGAAUAUCGGCGUCGAGCCCCCGGAUCAGCUCAAGACGACCCCCGGAGCAAAACUCGAAGCCUGGACCGAUCCCACAGUUCCCCCUAUACAGAAGGCGCUAGAGAACAUAGGCAAGGCCUUGCAGGCCCAGUACGAGACGUUGGCAAUCCGUGCUCGAUAUAAACAGUACCUGGAUCCGUCAGUUGAGGAAACAAAGAAGUUUUGCGUAUCCUUGAGACGAAAUGCCAAGGAUGAACGAGUGUUGCUGCACUACAACGGCCAUGGCGUACCUAAACCCACCGCAUCUGGUGAGAUUUGGGUGUUUAACAAGACAUACACACAGUAUAUCCCCGUUUCUCUGUACGACUUGCAGCAAUGGCUGCAGGCUCCGACCAUCUUCGUUUGGGAUUGCUCCGAGGCCGGAAACAUCUUGAACAAUUAUCACCGCUUUGUCGAGAAACAUGAGGAGGAGGAGGAGGAAGCAGCCGACAGGGAUCCCCAUUAUGAAAAAACCAGCUUCCGGCCCUACAUUCACCUUGCUGCUUGCGCAGUCAAGGAGCACCUCCCGACCAACCCACAGUUGCCAGCAGAUUUAUUCACAGCGUGCUUGACAACCCCCAUCGAGAUGGCGCUCUGGUUUUUUGUACUUCAGAAUCCCCUCAAGACCAAUCUUACUCCAGAGCGCGCCAAGCAACUCCCCGGGCGUCUUCAAGAGAGACGGACACCCCUCGGCGAACUCAACUGGAUCUUCACGGCAAUCACGGACAGCAUUGCAUGGACGACGCUGCCUCGAGACUUGUUCCGCAAGUUCUUCCGUCAAGACCUGAUGGUUGCUGCGUUGUUCAGGAACUUCCUCCUGGCUCAGAGGGUCAUGACCGUGUACGGCUGUCAUCCACAGUCGUACCCAGCCCUGCCUGAUACCCAUCAACACCACCUGUGGGAAACGUGGGACUUGGCUGUUGACAUGGCGCUGGCGCAGUUGCCCAUGCUCGAAAGGAAGGAGAGCGAGAGCGUCGAGUACGAGUACCAGAAUUCCACUUUUUUUACAGAACAAUUAACAGCCUUUGACGUGUAUUUGACAAGAGGCGACGCCAUGGCACAGAAACCUCCUGAUCAACUUCCGGUAGUUCUGCAGGUCUUGCUCAGCCAGCAACACAGAGUACGAGCUCUCAUUUUGCUUGGUAGAUUCUUGGACCUUGGCCCUUGGUCGGUGCAGCUGGCCCUAAGCAUAGGAAUUUUCCCCUACGUUCUGAAGCUAUUGCAGUCAGCUGCAGCGGAGCUCAAACCCGUCAUGGUUUUCAUUUGGGCGAGAUUGAUUGCUGUGGAUAUAUCUUGCCAACAGGACCUUAUUAAGGACAGCGGAUACAGCUACUUUGCCCAGAUCUUGAAGCCGUCUGAAGGGCUGCCUGUGGUGGACAGCGACGAGCACAAGGCCAUGUGCGCCUUCAUUCUUGCGAUGCUCUGCAAAGAUUACAAAAAUGGCCAGAUGGUUUGCAACCAGGCGGAUAUCAUGUCCUACUGCCUGGCUCAUCUGCAAAAUGAAAAUAACCCCCUCCUCCGACAGUGGGCAUGCCUCUGCAUUAGCCAGCUAUGGCAGGAUCUCCCCGAGGCCAAAUGGAGAGGGAUCAGGGAGAACGCCUAUGUUAAGCUGGCAUACCUUAUGAGGGACCCCUGCUGUGAGGUUCGCGCGGCCAUGAUACAUGCCAUGACCACCUUUUUGGGGAUUCCCGAUUUGACGGACGAAGUGGCACGUGUUGAAGAGUCCAUUGCCUGGACCAUUCUGGAAAUGGGCACAGACGGCAGUCCCAUGGUUCGCAAGGAGUUCAUAGACUUCCUGUCCCACUUCAUGACUCGAUUCGAGAGCAAGUUCCUGGUCGCAGCUUAUGAGCAGCUUCAAGAAGAGAAGGAGUACUUGAUCUUUCCGCCCCAGGACGACGGCCAGGACCACAAGAUGGGACUGCACUAUGCCAGACCAGAGAAUCGCAACAAGAACGGGACAAUCAAACCGAUGGCCCAUGGUCUCUCCCACAAUACCGUGUACAUGGCGUGCUGGAAACAUGCACUCAUCCUUAGCGUGGACCCGCACCCAGAGGUUCAACGAGAGGCGACCAUCAUCGUUGACUACAUUCACAAUGCUCUGAUCAACUCGACGGUAGGAGAGGCGGCACAGCUCUUGAUGCGAGAGAUUCAGACACGAGCAAGGCAAACGGCCAUUUCGAGAAGUGCGGCUCACGCUGCUCAGAAAUCCAUCAUGGUGGGCGGGCAGGCAACGCAACCCGGCCCCUCGCAGGGCCUUUUGCGCAGGACUGCGAGCCUACUCUUCCAGUCGUUCAAAGGGAGCGAGGAGAGAUCACGGCCGAGCACGCCGGCAAGCCCGGUACCUCCUCGCUCACCAUCCAAGCUCGCACCAGAUCAAAUGGCGGCCCCUGCGGAACAGAGCGACUCGAGCUCGGCGACAUACAACGUGGCGCGGGAGCCAACGACGGGAGCAUUCGAAGAGAGGGACCUUUCUCGUACUCCCAGCAUGCCCCUGAAGAGUAGAUUCCUCGAAUGGUCCAUUGAAUACUUCCGCGAGCCACAGAUGAAACCCAGCGAGGCAGACGAACCUGGCAGCACCGAGUACAACGAGCGUCUUUGGAGACGAGCCCGUAACGAGACCAUGUUGAGAGAAACACAGCCGCUGAAACAAAUGGCGGGCACGCACAAGUGGAACAAUCAGCUGGGAAUCGUAAACAAUGGCGCUCAGCCGUCCAAGAUGACAUUUCACCAGUACGAGGACCACUUGGCCGUUUCAGAUGAUGGCAACACUGUCUACGUGUGGGACUGGAAGAAGCAAGGCCGUCUGAGCCGAUUCUCCAACGGCAACCCGCAGGGAUCCAAGAUUAGUGACAUGAAGUUCAUCAACGAGGACGACCAAGCCUUCUUGUUGACUGGUUCUUCAGACGGCGUGAUUCGCGUAUACCGCAACUAUGACUCGGACAGAGAGAUUGCGCUGGCAACCUCAUGGCGGGCAUUGACACACAUGGUCCCCAGCAACGUGAACUCGGGCAUGGUGUUUGACUGGCAGCAGGUAACGGGCCGGGUCCUCGUCGCGGGAGACGUACGGGUCAUUCGCGUGUGGUACGCGGCACACGAGACGUGCAUCAUGGACAUACCUGCGCGAUCGGGAUCAUGCGUGACUUCACUGACGUCGGAUCAAAUGACGGGAAACAUUUUCGUUGCCGGUUUCGGGGACGGCGCAGUCCGGGUGUUUGACACGAGACAGCGGCCUCAAGACUCCAUGGUGCGGAAAUGGAAGGACGAGUCAGACAGACAGUGGAUCAAGAGCGUACACAUGCAGCGAGGCGGUCAGCGCGAACUCGUCAGUGCCAGCCGCAACGGCAAAGUCAAGGUGUGGGACAUCCGGAUGGACAGGCCAUUGCACUCGUUCCAGACGACCAGAGACACCUUGCGGACGGCCAGCACACACGAACAUCUGCCUGUUUUUGCCGUCGGCACUUCCCAACACGCCGUCAAGGUCUUCAACCUCGACGGCAACGAACUCUCUCGCCUCGAGCCAUACUCCAGCUUCCUCCAACAAAACCGAGGAGUGCCCGUUGCAGCCACUGCCUUCCACCCGCACCGACCAAUUCUCGGCUGUGCUGCGCGCGGCGAUCAUCAUAUAAACCUGUUUACAUGCGAAAAAACGGACGCCUUGCAUUUUGGUUAG